AUGAGAAUAAUGUAUAAGAGGCAAGUGCAUAAUUCAACAGCUUUUAUACAAAGCCUUGUUGCUAAUACUAACACAACAAGACUAGCCACGCAGUCAUCUGUUGAAAGAACUAGAAAAAAAGCUUCAAAGGCAAGUCUAAAAAAGAAACCUGGUAAAUGGCCAAAAGAAAAGAUUCCGGACUGGCUUGAAUUGAACGAUACUUUUAACAAACAUUAUAGAAAGCCAACUAACUUUGAUUUAAAUAAAGUUAACCGAUUUUUUAAUAAUGCAAAAGUAAAAUUUGAAUGGUGUGUAUCUAAAUUUGAUGACAUACCUGGUCAAAAAAGGAAAGACUCCUCUUUGCAUCAGGAAUCUGACAAUGACAUAUCAAGAAAAUAUGAACGUGAAAACAUCAAACACACUACAUCGAUCAAUUCUUCGCCAGAAGUAAUAUUUCUCGGAGGAACAAAUGUAGGGAAAUCUUCUAUUUUGAAUAAUAUAACUACCUCACGUGUAAGCAGAGAUUUGGGAAGCCUUGCAAGAGUGUCUAAGACGACAGGCUUUACGAAAACUCUCAACUGCUACAAUGUGGGGAAUAGACUUAAAAUGAUUGACUCACCUGGGUAUGGCUUUGGAAGCAGUAAAGGUCAGGGAAAUGUCACUUUACAAUAUCUCUUGGAGAGAGAAGAACUUGUUAGGUGUUUUCUCUUACUCGCUGGCGAUAAGGACAUAAAUGCCACAGAUAAUAUGAUAAUUCAAUACAUCCAUGAUCACAGAAUCCCUUUUGAAGUCGUUUUUACGAAAAUGGACAAAGUUAGAGACUUAGAUAAGUUUAAGAAGAAGGUUACCUCUUCAGGUUUAAUGGACCUUCCAGCUCUCCCCAAACUUAUAUUUACGAACUCGCUCACAUCCAGUACGUCUCCUAAACGGUUCGGUAUAGACUUUCUAAGAUAUACAAUAUUUCAAAGUUGUGGCCUGAUUUCAUGA